AUGAUGAAGGAAACGUUAAGUGACGUGGUAAGUGGAUCUCUUCAAAACGUUCCACCAAUUGAUAAAAAAAUUGUCCGAAUAUUCACUAGCUCAACAUUUACAGACACCACGUUAGAGCGCAACUGCUUGAUAGAAAGUGUCUACCCGAAGUUGAAAGAGUACUGCAUGAAAAAAUAUGGAUUGGAUUUUCAGGCUGUCGACAUGCGAUGGGGAGUGAGAGAUGAAGCGACAGAUGAUCACAUGACCACAGAACUCUGCAUGAACGAGAUUGACAACUGUCAACGUUUAUCAUUGGGCCCAAAUUUUGUGGUGUUGUUGGGACAGAAAUAUGGAUAUAGACCAAUACCAAGUGUUAUUUCUGAGACAAUUAUGUUGAUCCUCCAAAUAUGUCUGGAGUCUUCUCACUCAGCUGACUGGAUGUUAAUCAGGACCUGGUACAAGCGAGAUGAAAAUGCAGUCCCUCCAAUUUACGUUCUCCAACCAAUCAGCUCCAUUCUAGUGCAUUUCAAUAGUAAAACAUCGCAAGAUUUGAAGAAAUUGGCGCAAGAUCAAUGGUGGGCGACUUUGAACAACUUGCAAGUCAUUCUAAGAAACUGUGCCAGUAAAUUAUUCUUGGAGAACAGAAUUACCAGCAGUCAAAUGCACGAAUUUUUUAUGUCGGUUACUGAACGAGAAGUUAGGCGGGGAAUCGUCAAUUGUGUUGAAGCAGAGAAACAUUGUCUUGCCUACAUUCGAAACAUCAGCAACAUGUCUCAGGACAACUCGAACAGAAACUUUAUCGACAAAGUUGGAAACUCGAUAGACCAAGAAGCAUGCGCAUUACUAUCGGAACUAAGAGACAACAUAAUACCACAGAACUUAGACGCAAAAAAUAUCAGUUACUUCAAUGUUGAAUGGUCGAAGAACUGUGGAAUCAAUCUAAAUAAACAUAAACAAUACAUUGAACAUUUCUGCAAUACAUUUAACAGAGACGUUUGUAGGUUGGUUGACCAUGAAGUUGAAAAACGAACCAACUACGGCAAAUUCACCUCGCUGUUCACGCAAAUCCAACACCACUUGCACUCCUGUUUGCAGCUGUCGCAAGGUUUUACGGGACGUGAGCAGAUCUUAAACUCCAUAGAAUCAUAUCUGAGAGAUGGAUCAAAUGAGCCGUUGGUAUUGUAUGGAGAUAGUGGGUGCGGCAAAACGUCUUUGAUGGCAAAAGCUUUUAGUUUGAAGAGUGUAUCUGAUGGAGGUAAAACAAAGUUUUUGAAGAUUAUUCGAUUUCUCGGAACGUCGGUUGAUUCGACCGGGGUGGCUCCACUUCUGACGAGUUUAAGCCACCAGAUAUCCUACUUUUUCACAAACGAACUGGAUAGCAAUGUGCCUAUCGAUUUUAAUCUGCUCGUUUUACAUUUUAAAUCUUUAUUAAAAUUAGCAACAAAAAAGAAUCCCAUAAUUUUGUUUCUUGACUCUCUCGAUCAAAUGUCUUCGGCCAACGGAGCACAUUGUCUAACUUGGUUUCCACUUCACUUACCAGAUUACUGCAAACUUGUUGUUUCUGUAGUUACUAGGGAGUUAGGAUUGUUGGACAGGCUAAAAAAGUUGUUGAGAAACAAAUCUGAGAACUUAUUGAUCAUCUCAUCAUUGGGAAAAAAGCCUGCGCUAACAGCAAUUAAGACUCUUCUGGGACGUUUGAACCGAACGUUAAAUGAUGAACAAUGGAGAAUCGUUGAAAGAACGAUGGAUCGUUGUAGCGAUCCACUCUUCAUCAAAAUUCUCAUUGGAGUUGUAUCUAAAUGGAAAUCAUACGAAGUCAAGGCUGAUCACAACGUUGCUUGUACUAUCCACGAUGCCAUUAUGCAACUUUUUGAUAAAAUUGAAAACAGGCAUGGUAAAGUUUUGGUAUCUCAUGCUAUUUCUUACAUAACGGCGUCAAAAGAAGGAGUUACUGAAAAUGAACUGGAAGACAUGCUCUCUCUUGAUGAAACCGUAUUGAAUGAUGUGUACCAGUACCACCUGCCUCCCGUUCGAAGGAUUCCUCCACUGCUCUGGACUCGCAUCAGGAACGAUUUGAUAUGUUACAUCACUGAGAAGGAAGCAGAUGGCGUUAAUGUCAUUAAUUGGUACCACAAACAAUUUGACGAAGUUUCAAAGAAAAGAUAUUUGAAGAAUAAAAAAUUUGAAAUUGAAACUCAUUCCCUCAUGGCCGAUUAUUUUAUUGGAACGUGGGGAGGCGUUUCCAAGCCUUUUCAGUACAGUGCUCUCCAGUGCCAAAGAUUCAGUUUAAAUUCAAAAUCUGGUUCUUGCGACAGAAAAGUUCCAGAACAACCAUUGUUCUAUGACAGUAAAAACCAAGAUGACCAUAAAAAAGUAAAACACGGCAUUAGAUACAACUUAAGAAAAUUGAGCGAACUACCUCGUCAUCUAAUAAAAUCAAAAAGAUUCAAAGAAUUACUUCAAAUGGUUUUAUUCAAUUAUAAGUGGCUGCAUGCCAAAUUAUCGUGCAUGCCUCUCCAGUCCGUGUUAGACGAUUUUGAAGAAUCAUUGAUCGGGGUACCUUCUUGUUCCCAGUCUAUUAAAAUGAUUUUGGAUGCUUUGAAAUUGUCUGCAUCUAUUUUAGUUAAGAGAUCAGAAAUGCUUGGGCCACAACUUACUGGAAGAUUGCUGCCUAUUUACAACUUAGAUAUAUGGAUGGAAACCUUGUUGAAACAAUGUGACAGUGAAGGAAUAAAAAUUAAUUGUCUGGUUCCAUGUUUUCAUUGCUUUCAGACUCCCGGUGGACCGUUGGAGAGUUCACUUGAAGGCCACCAGUUUGCACCAUUUGGAUUGGCGCUUACGUCCGAUAACAAAUAUUUGGUGACGGCUUCUAAUAAGUUCAUCGUAUGGAAUCUUGACAAGGUUGAAAUUGUUCGACAAUCGAGUAUUGGUACUUUAGGAAUCGUUAUGCAGAUGACCGUCACCACAGAUGAUUCCAAAGCAAUUGCAUACACCAAUAACAGUCAGAUAUUAAUUUACACAAUCCUCAGUGGUGAGACGAAAUUAAUUGAAAACACAAAUUCAACUACUAACGACGAGUUGAUCGGAAUAACUUGCAACAAAAAUCAUUUCAUGGUUUGGUCGACCUCUAGUUGGACUCUUUACAAUUUUGAUGGAUUAGCUUUAGAACAAGGCAACGUUCCUAAUUAUUCGACAGAAGGAAACAUUGUCACAAUCUAUCUAGAAGAUUCAUCGAGAAACUAUUUUUUCAUGAUAUGGAAGAUUGGUUACCCAUUGGGCGUGCGUACUAACAUAAAUAUGAACCUGAGCAAAGUAUCUCUGCAAACCAAAAAAGUUCAUUCAAAUUGUUCUUGUCACAGCGGUUUCAUAAUGACCAACGACAGAAAGCACCUGUACACAUGUACGGCAAGUAACAAUAUAAAUAGGUUAGAACUAAAAAAUGACGUUUGGCAAAGUAGUUUGGAAUAUGUUAACGAAAGUAAGAUUUACUCAUUGUUUUUAUCCUCUGAUGAAAACAUGCUGGGCGCAGUUCACAUGUUUGGAUACUCCGUAUGGAAUUUUAAUAUUUUAAAUGUGUGUCCUUAUAUUUUAACAUUGCCAAAGAACGUCCGUAAUUUUCCAAAAAAACUUGCAAUAAACGACACUGUGAUUUUUAGCUGCAAAAAUUGUUACUUGAUAGCGCCUGUUCGAAAUAUUUUAUACAUUUGGAAAAUAGAAGACUGUGUCCUGGUGAAUAUUUUAGACUUGCACUUUGGAAGAAUACUCUCCGUUGUAACGAUCGAGCAGACUAGCAACCGCUACUCUGACCUUCCAGAUAAUCGCAAGACUAACAAAUUUUUAACAUCAUCCUUGGAUAAAUCAAUCAAAAUAUGGAACGUGAACUAUAUACAUGAAAAUGUUUACCCAAUUUAUAGCCAUGAUAAACCAAUUUACAAAGUUUGCUUUUCAAUUGACUUACAAUCGAUUCCACGUAUGAUGACUGUCACACGAAAUUGCAUAGGUCUGUGGGACUUGGACAAUGGGAAAAUUGUUGCAACGAUUAAAGGCAACAAAAUGUCAUCAAUAAUAACUGACGCCGAUAUCACAACUGAUGGCAAAUACAUAAUAAGCGUGGAAUCGGGUUUAGUUAUCAUAUGGGAUGGCGACACGUGUAAGAUGAUCCGGUGUGAAAGUAGUAGCAUGUCUAUUGAUGAACAAGAAGAGGAAAUUUUGCAAAUUCUCAUAAAAGACAACGAACAUGUUAGUACGUCUUUUUUGUCAGUUAAAGCAUCGAAAACUCGGUCAAACAGAGCCGUUUGUGAAAUGAGGAAAAUUCCUUCGAAAGAACUAGUUUAUGUUAUUGAUUUCCAAUUUACAAUUUUCAAGCCUGUUAUUGUUACAUCUGAUAAAAAAUAUUUAGUGGCCUUGAAUGUGAACAACUCUAGCGACACGGAUUACAACGAUCAACUGACUGUCCACAAUAUUGAAACAGGCGACAAAAUUUGUUCCUGUAAGCCUAAAUACAGACGUUUUAAAGAUUGCAAAAAAAUCAUUGCCAUGCCAAACAAAGGAAGUAGGCUUGGGCUGAUUGACGAAGAAAAAGGAAACUUAUGGGAUUGGCGUAAAAAAUCUUUAUUAGUUUCUAUAAAAAAUUGGAGUGGUCAGUGUUCUUCUGAUGGGUCAAUUGGAUUAAGCGACCCGACCAGAGGUGGACUGGAUGUCAUAAACUUAAAAUCUGGAUCAAUAAUUCGUACGCUUGUCCCUAGACCCGCGGAAGGUGUAUUUCCGGAUAACCAGUCCAAUUUUACAUGCAACACGUGUCACGCUUAUUUUUAUCAUUCUGGAAAGCAGUCAGUAAGAGUCUUUCGACUAUCGGACGGAAGUCAAAUUGCCGAUUAUAAAGUCCACGCUAGCGUCAUUUCAGAAAUAAUCAAUGCUCAGGAAUCGAUGACAUUAAACUUAGGAGGGAUCGAUGGAAGUCUCGUUAUUUUGCUAAUUGCUGAUCCUGAAAAUCUGUCCUAUAUUAAGUUUUUAAACGAAAAAAGAAUGUUUGUUUUAAGUCAACACAAUAAUAAAUUGAACUAA